AUGAUAGAAGACGCUCGCGCUCGCCCUUUGGCAGAAGUGGAAUGGACCGAACUUCAGGAAAGACGACGCCCUCGGGCUUUCGACCAAGAUCGCGGUCUCCAGGACGACGAGACGACCGGUAUCAAUCGUAUCGACGGCCAUCCCCCCCAAGAGACUCCGGCAUCUCCUCCGCUAUUCCUUCACAGCCAGCUUCUGGCAGAGCAUCACCUAUUGCCCGUAUUCGCUCUCCAUACACAUCUCGCGACCACUCCCCACGCUAUUUCGACGGACCAGGAAGAGAUGGCGCGGCUGGUAUCAAAUCACCACCGCGAGGUCCUGCCGCGCUUCGUAUAA